UGGCUGGGGCUCAGGUAGGGAGAAGGGCAGGACGAGAGUUGAGAGCGCCGGGCGGGGCCGGGCUCAGGUAUACAGGAAGGCGGCCGGGUGGCCCGCGGCGCUCCCAGCAGGAUGUGCCGUGGCCGCCACUGCCGAUUCGAUGCGGCCCGGGGUCCCCGCCGGCUCAUGCGCGCAGGCCUCGCCUUGAUCUUAGUGGGGCACGUGAACUUGUUGGUGGGAGCCGUGCUUCAUGGCACCGUCCUACGGCACGUGGCGAAUCCCAACGGAGGCAUCACUCCCGAGUACACCGUGGCCAACGUCGUUUCCGUGGGCUCGGGCCUUCUGGUGAGCGGGCCGGUUGGGCGGGGCCAGGCUGGGCCCGGCGGGGCGGGCCGGAAUCUCGCGCUCACCUCCGAGCUCUUUGUCUCCCUAGAGCGUGGGCCGCGGGGACUCGUGGCGCUGCUGGCCUCCAGGAACCUCCUCCUGGCCUCGCUGCACUGGGCCUUGGUGGCAGUGUCCCUGCUGAACCUGCUCUUAUCCGCCGCCUGUGCCCUGGGGCUGCUCCUGGCCUUCUCGAUGACCGUGGCCAACGGAGGUCGGCGCCUUCUUGCCCAGUGCUACCAGAGCCUCUCCGAUUCUUUGGCACCCGCUGAACGACUGCCCCUUGACCCCACCCGAAUCUACGAGACUGCUCUGGCUCUUUGGCUCCCGUCGGCGCUCAUGGCUACAGCCGAGGCUACUUUGUCUGGAUAUUGCUGUGGGGCUGCACUAGCCCUUCGGGGGUUCAAGCCCUGUGGGGAGGAAGGACACUGCAACAGCUUCAGAAUUAGAAGAGCCUAAUUCCCUAAAGGGAAAAGGCAGGAAAAUGAACAGCUUUUGGAACGAAGCCAAGAAAUCCAGAAAGCAAGGAAAAUCUGGGUUUAGGGACAGUAAGGAGACAUUAGGAAAAAAUUACUGAAGGGAGCUGAGUCUGGGUAGAAAGUUAACACAUCUAUAACCAGGUGUCACACUUUAGGCUGUUUUGUUUUUUUACCCUGUUACCCCCCAAUUCAGUUUUUGAUUUUUCACCCCACCACCCCUUUACCAAUUUCCCUUUUUCUCCAGCAGUUCCUGUGAUUGAGACGGGGGUGACAAUUUAUCCUAAACCACAGAAAAACUAACCCAGAUUGUGAUGUAUAUAAUUGUAAUAAAGGACGUGCUUUCAACUUCCACUUAUUAAAUGAUUUGUCUUUGGCUGUGUAAGGAUGACUACAGGUGAAAGAAAACAGUGAUCCAGGUUACUUUCAGAACUUUAAUGUAGGAGAACACAGCAACACAGGGCCUUAGUGGUUUCUCUAUCUCUGCCAGUCACUGAAAGGAGAAGCUGGUGCUGGG